AUGAACAAGUUUAUUAUCGCAUUCGCGCUUGUAUUACUCACUGUCCAGUGUGCAGUGUCCGAUUUGAAGACAGAGGAAGAAGCUCUGUCAUACUUGGCAAAUGUGGAGCAGGAGAAAGAGAAGUUCGAUCCCACGCUAAUUGGGAAGUGCAUUGAGUUAUCUUGGUGGAAAGCGGGAGAAAAGACGAUCUUACUUGCGUUCCAGUAUGGAUUUGAUAUCUCGUCUGACUUUUCUGCUGCAGUAUCCAAGCAACGAACUAACAUCCAGAAAUUGCAGAAUAUCAUCAACAAGAACAAGGAGGACUACAAUAUCAUCUCGCCUUCCUUCCAGUGGGCUCAGGGUCAGAGUGAUUUGAAGAUGAACAUCAAGCUGACUCACAAGUGGGAUAGUCCAGCUACCCUGGGUUGUACCGUGGAGUCUGUGAAGUUUGAGCCUAGCAAUGUGUACUUUGAGGCCAAGUGGUAUAAUCGAUUGUGA